GUGAAAAAAGAAGCCUCUAAAAAUUUGAGCUCUUAAUAUUAUCAUUUAGUGGUGGCUGUUCUUAACUUUCCAUUUUCUAUCUAAAUGACUUGGAAAAAAAAAUUUCUUUGUUCUUAUUUUUGUAGCUUGACAUUUGAGCAUUGUAAAAAUAAAGUGAAAAAUUAUUUUGGUAGGAAAUUGAACGCUUUACAAAAGUUCUAAUUUAUUUUUUUCACAGAGUGAGCCGUUCUGAAGAUAUUCAAACUUAAAGUUGCAAAUGUAUGAAAUUAGGACUUUUAUUUUAUUAAACUGAUGACUUUUUACUGUCUUAAAAAUUAUUUUCAUAUAGAAAGAAAAUAACGACGCACAUAAGACAAAAAUUCACCAGAAAUAUUUUUAAACAAAAAUAUGAGUGACUUCGUUUCAAAACUAUCAUUGAAACUUUUUGACAAAUUUGAUUUGCCGUACGACUUUCUGGAUGAAGAUGUCUUAAUUUGGCCAGAUAAUGAAAGUUAUCAAGAGAAUUUGGAGUUUUUCGAAAAAUUGAAAGUUGUCAAUGACGUUGCAGGACAUGGCGUCGCAUUAGUAGAAGAAUAUAAUAGAUGCCUGACUAAAGAUGAGAAACAAUUUUAAUAUUUAUUACAAGUGGUAAAGGAGCACUGACGAAAAUAUCCAAACUGUAAUAAAAAAACUUCAACAAAUAAUUUAAUUCUGAUAAGACAUUAAAUUAUCUAUUAGUUUCAAAAUUUUAGUAUGCUUAUUGUUACAAAGUUUUUUUUUUAUUUAUAAAAUAAUAAUUUUACUGAACCUAAUUCAUAAUUACUUUUGUUUAACAGUUAAUCAAAUAAUACCUAAGAUGUAAUUUUUUUUCCUACGACCACUUAGGAAAGUGACACAUAUCACGCUAUAUAGUCCUAUGGAAAGUGUCCUAUAUCAAACGCGUAUGAAUAAGAAUUUACUUUCCACCCUUGUACGAAUAUUCUACUUUCCGCAGCAGCUGUCACAAAAUGUCAAACACAUCAUUUCUAUUUUGAUCUAUGUAAUGUCCAUAUUAAUACUAAAAUCGAUAUGAUUGUUAAAUUAUUGAAAUUGUAUAAAUUAGAACCUAGAUAUUUAUCUUUAACAAUUAUUAUUAAAAUAAUUUUAAAAUAACUAAGAUGUUUGCUUUUUAUUCUGGUUAAACACAUAACCAAUUAGAUCAUUCAAUUGAUGCAAGCUCUAUUAGCUCAGAUGGUUACAGUGUCAAACUUAUCAACUUUGCCAUUUGAGACCUGACGAGCGACCGCGUUCAAAUCCUGACGGGACCAGAAUUUUUUUGUUUUUUUAUUUUUUCUUUUCGUUUUUAAUUUUUUUUUUGUUUAGAAAAUAUGGAAAUUGAAUAAAUACGAUUAUUGUUGAUUAUUUUUUUAAAUACAUUUUAAUAUAAUAACAUUUUUUGAUGAAAUUAUUUUGUGGUCAUAGGAAAAAUAUUUUUCCUACGACCACUUAGGAAAGUGACACAUAUCACACUAUAUAGACCUAUGGAAAGUG